CUUGAUUUGAAGCCCAUAGUCUCCGCAAUGUGAGGCAUUCGGACAAAAACUUUAUCUCAGAUUACUGAAACAAUGUCUUUGUCACAAUCGCCCUUGGAAAGCCUUCCGAAUGAGCUGCUGGAUCAGAUCAUCUCCGAACUCUCGGCUUCCCCUCCUUCUCAGUCCAGGGUGCACAAGCCUCCUUGUAUGCGUAUUACUACAUCUAGAACUAGGGAUUUGAAGAAUCUUGCACGCACCUCCUCCCGACUCCGGGAGCUGGUGCGCCCCCACCUCUUCGCUCACGCAUGCUUCGAUAUCAAAGAUGUAGCGGACUUUGUCUCCUUUAUAACGAGCCUAGAUCUUGAUCGAUAUGUAAUAUCGAUUGUGGCCAAGGGGAUGGACUCUCCCGAUCAUCGAGAGGAUCCCUAUUGGUGGCGUCCAGUACUCGAUAGUCUCGAUCCGCUACGGAUCACCGUGAUUGCACCUCCUCCAUUCCUGGCCGCCAUGCUUGACACACGGAUCAUGGACGGACAUAGCUGGGCAUUCGAGGUUCCCUUCCAGGUUCUACAAUUGGAACAGAACUCGCGGGUCUGCAAGCCUCCUCUGCCAUCAGAGACAAAGCAAUCAGUCAGUCUGCUUGAGACUCGGGUAUGGUCUUCCUUUGCCUUCAAUGAGUCGUCCUCGCUCAGGGCGUACAAUCACUAUGAGUAUUUCAUGUUCCAGGUUCCUUCCCUAUUCAAUAAGUGGGGAACUGUGGCAUCCACACAACUGUUCUCUGAGAGGCUGGACCUUUCCCGCUCAUUGAAAUCCUUCACGUCGUUCAACUAUACGGCAGUGUUUCCGUUCUAUAAUCAUGUCAAAUUAGUCUUGGAUGCCAUUGAAUUGAUGACCAACCUGCGUUCAUUGAGCAUCCAACUUGCCCCGUCUCCGAAUGAUAAGAUUACGGAGAUGGAACAGAGAGGCUCCAUGGACCCCAGUGACCCAUGGAUGGAGAUUGCUACCGGAUAUUCACUUAUUGCGCACACUGUCAGGAAAAUGGGGGCGUUAGAUAGUCUUGUGGAAUUCCGUACGCCGGAUUACGAGUUUGAUGCUCUGCGUUCAGAACUAUCUACUAUCCUAGGAGAUGUGUUGGACAGCAGCGGAUGGGUACAUGAUGGAAGAGGAACUUGGACAAAAGUACCUUCGAACGGCGAAGAUGAUCGGUUGGGUUCACCUACGACGCCGAGCGACGAGCUGGGCUUUACAAUAUCCGGCACAACAUGCGUUCGCGAAACCCAGAUCUACUCCACACUUUGUAUACAUCUCACCUUACGACUACAGUUAAACCACUUAACAUACUGGAGCUACGCGUUUUUCCCACUGUCCAGUCCGGUGAAGAACAUCAUGUCCAUCAACGCUUAUAUUGGCGAUGCUGAGCCAGCGCCACCAAUUUUAGCUCACACUAUGCUGCAGUCUGGUCCAUCAGCAGAGAACAAACACAAACAAGAUCAACAACACUCCGCGGAACAAAGCUGGAACAUUUCACAUGACGUGCAAAAGGGACUUCAGAAUAGUCCUGACAGCGUUUUCAGAAGUGGCAUAGUCAUUGGCUUCUCCAGGCUCAGAGACGCACACAAGGAGACGAGUGAUGAGGACGAGUACAUCGGAAGACUCCCACGCCACCUCCUCACAACCCACCUACUACACCAACACCAACACGACACCCACCAACCAAAAACCUACAUAAUCCACCCGGCCAACUUCAGCGCCUUCACCCCCCAACGCCUCCUCACCUCCCUCCUCAACAAAAAUCAACAACAACAACCUCCUCUAUCCCGAACCCAAGCAAUAACCCUCCUGGACUCCGUCCAACUCUUCCCCGUCUACGACUUCAACGCAGCCGCACAAGCAAUCCACGAAAUCGCAGCUACCAUAUCUUCAGCAUCAAGAGAAACAACACCACAUCAACAUAUCAUAAUAAUCACAGGCCUGGACACCCUAACCGAGGGCGUAAUCCGAGCUUCGAACCCCCUGCGCGGAUCAGCUAUGCUCACGUCUGUAUUACGGACACUAACGCAGUUGACUCGAACGCAUGGGUCGAAUGUCUCGGUGAUGUUGGUGAAUACUAGUGGAUUGGGGAAGGUGGUGUCGUCUCAGAGUGGGGGAGUGGGGGAGGAGGUAGAUGCUAACGCUACAAGGGGAAUGUAUGAAAUAGAUGAUGGCGAGGAGGGGAUUCAGUCUGCGUUCCGUGCGCAUAGUGGGGAGAUGUUUCCGAGUUUGUUGAUGAGGACGCUGGAUCAGGGGAUUGAUUCGCAUCUGUUGGUGUCGAGUAUUGGGAGGGUUCCGGUUGUGGAGGUUAUUAAGGAUAGGGUGGGUGGGAAUGUUGGGAGGUGGUGUGUUUGGGAGGGGGAGGUUUGA